GGGGCCGCGCCGCCCGGGAAUUUCCCGCGGCGGCGGAGGCCGGUGGCGCCGUCGGGCGGCGUCUGCGGCACGGAAGCGAUGGGAGCCCCGAGCGGGGACCGCGACGGCCCGUGCUGCCUCCCCUCCGCCGAGGUGGCUGCCCGUUACUGACGAGCCUGGCCGAGCAAGGCCCGGAGAGCUGUCAUGGAGGAGUUGAUAGAAGAUGACAUCUGUAUUUUGAACCAUGAAAAAGCAGACAACACUCACAAGAGAGAUGGGGAAGUUCCUGUUUCAUCUUACAGUGGAGAUGAGUCUGUUGCCUCACAUUUUGCUCUUGUCACUGCAUAUGAAGAUAUCAAGAAACGGCUAAAGGAGACAGAGAAAGAGAACUCCUUCUUAAAGAAAAGAGUGAGAAUUCUGGAAGAGAAGCUCCUUGGCUCACGACUGGAAGAGGAGUGCAGUUCUGUUGGACGUGAACAAGUAAAUAAGGCUUACCAAGCCUAUCGAGAGGCUUGCAUUGACCGAGAUGGUCUGAAAAGCAAACUGGAUAAAAUGAUGAAAGAAACGUCAGAGUCUUUGAAAGUCUUGAAUGAACAGUUGCAGUCUAAAGAAGUAGAACUUUUACAACUAAGAACUGAAGUGGAAACUCAACAAGUGAUGAAAAAUCUGAGUAGUACUCAGUCUAGCUGGGAAAUAGAGAAGCUGAACAGUGACCUGAAAGUGCAUAGUCUAGAACAGGAUCUAGAGAAGCUCAAGAAAGAGUGCAACAGUCUCAGAAAGGAGCUGCAAAAAUCCAAGCAGAAGUUCACAGAUCUGUACUCACCUGCUCAUUCCCUGUCCCUACUCCCUGCCUCUCACUUUGUUAUGCAGGACCAGGCUCAAGAAGAAAAUCUACUAAACGGAGACCACCUUCAAAGCCAAAGCAUUCAGAGUGCGCAACAAGCAUAUUGGGAACUGAAGAGAGAAAUGUCUAAUUUGCACCUAGUGACUGAAAUGCAAGCUGAGGUUCUACGAAAGCUGAAAACAAAUCCAACAGCAACUAAGAAAGCUGCUUCUGCACCGGUACAGUGUGUUGAAGACUUGGAGAAGAACCUUACGAAGCUGCAUUUGACUACAUCUCGGGUAGUCUAUAAAAACCCAUCUCUUUCACAAAAUGAUCAAGGACUCUGCAAUACUAUACCCCUCCCUCCACUGAGAGAUGUAAAAGUCUCAUCUGAAAGGAUGACUCAGCAAGCAUGGACAGAUGAGAGACCUAUUCCAGUUGAUAGUAAAACAUUUCAGGACCACCAUUCUUAUGGAAAGAGCUCUCUGGAAGAUAAUUCCUGGGUAUUCCCAAGUCCUCCAAAGCCUAAUGAGAAUAUGUUUUGGGAAAUGAAAAACAAAACCACCCUGUUAAACUGUCCGGCAGAUUACCUGGAUCAGUGUAAUCAAAAUUGUCUGCACAAGAGUUAGGCAAUUUUUAGAAUGAACUGAGGCAUUUUUAGAGUGAUUCUGAAUAGGCACCUUACUGCUAGAACUUUUUAAAGAGAGAAAACAAUUGGUUUAAACUUUUUUUUUUUAAUUCUCUUCCUUCCUCUUCUAGUGUCAAAACAGAAAGCCUAGUGUUUCUCUGCUGUAAAUUAAGGAGCAAGUUCCUUGAAGUUAAAGCUGUGCUGGUAUAAUGUAAAUGUAAACAAAUUAGCAUGGAGCCUAGAUAGUUUUUCAUUGCAAAUGGCAUGCAUUUGCAGAAAACUUCACUGAAAAGCUAGUUCUUGGAAUAAAACAAAAUAAUCCAGUUCUUUAUUUGUUUGCUAUUUGUAUAUUCUCAAGAAAAUAGUUGGUAUCUUAUGCUGAUUAUAACAGCUCUUAGUUAAAUUUUGACAGUGUUUUUCUUUCCCAGUUUAAAACAUAAAGAAUUUGAGUGUACCUCCUUCCCUCCUUUCAGUUAUUGCCUAAUUCCUCUGGUUUAGAAAUACAUUUUUGUGAGAUUUUUAUAAAAAUAGUGAUUUUUUUUUUAAUUUGAUUUUAUACUAGAUAGUAUAGCAAGGGAAAAUAAUCCCAGGCUAUCUCAUUUAGAUUGCACCAUUAUGGGGUCUUGUGAACUAUAAAGGAUCAUAAGUAAUGCUGUUGAAAGUUAGAAAUCUUAGAUGUUCAACUUUCUUUCAGUUCAUAAUGAGGAAACUGAUUUUAUUCUACGCACAAUGGUGCCUGCCACAGAAUCAUCCUAUUCACAAUGCAGUUAUCUUUAUUGUGCCUCCUUUGCACAUCACCAGAAACUUGACAUUUUAUUUGUGUGGUUGCUAAGGCUGCUAACUUUUCUUUCAUUAAAGAAACAAAGCCUUAAUUUAAUUAGACUAGAUGUUUUAGCAUUGUUGAGAUACAUAAUAAUUCUUGUGGCGUAUGUCACAAACUAAAAUUUUUUUGAAUUGCAACUGCCUGCUUUAUAGAUUGAGUGUUCAAGUAAUUCUUCUGCUUUUUCUUAAGCCAAGCACUUUUUUUAGACAAAUACAAUUUAUGCUUAAUCUUUUUUCAGCUGCUCAAUAUCUGACUUACUAUAACAGGGUAAAGUGAAAUGCCUUGACUGCUCAAUACCUUGAAAGAAAAUGCUGUGUAUUUUAGAUCUUUGAUACCUAACUUGUCAGGGGUGGGGAAGUUGAUUAAUCCUGUUAUUUACAGGUGUGUGGAAGGUGAAGUGCUAACUUCACAAGUCCAGCUUCAGUCUAAUAAUUAAUCCUACAGCUGUUUAAUAGCAAAUUAUCUUAAAAUUAUUUGCAGAUAAACAGCAAAGUUAUGACUGUAGCAUAGCCAUAUUAGUGACGGACUGUAAGAGUGUUACUGAGCUGAGCUACUACGUGAUCUGUGUGGUUCCGGACACUUUCUUCUCUGUGGGUUAAGUACUUCAUAUGAUGCCCAUCUUGUGUUUGAGUUUGUCUAUCAAAGUUGAAAGAAUCUUUCAGAUACCUUCUACUGUAUUAGUGAACAGCAUACAUAAAUAAUGCUUCCCGUUCACCAGAUAUUGUUUUUAUCUUUCUAUUAUCUUGCUCAUGUAUACGGGCUUGUCUGUGAUUAAUGGAAAUGGUAUCAGAUGCUGGAAUUUAUUCUGACCAAUGAACACAGCUGACUCAGGGGAGUACAAUCUCUUGGAAAGUAAUAGAACAAAACCCAAUAUGCAUAAAACAAAUCCAGGUUGCUAGGCUUUAGCUGAUAGAACCAACUACCUGUGUAAUAACAAAGUGGCAGAAACCAUUUCUCAUGUGGCUGCAUAGACUGUAUUGUAUCUAGCUCUAAUGUAACUUACUUUUUGACGUGCCCCUCCCUUCAUCAAAGAUUUUUUUUUAAACUAAUGAUAUCCAGCAGGCAUCAGUCUGAUUAAUACUUUGAAUUGUGCAAUGAAGGUAUCCUACUGUGUAAUAUUUUAAAUAAACUUAUUUUUAUUUGAAA